AUGGGUGCGCGCAGAGGCGUCUGUGAGCAGCCGCGUUCCCGCACCCGCGCGGCGUUGUACAGGCAGCUGAGCGCAAAGCUGUGGCCGGCUCUUGAACUUCAAGAGUUAGAAAAAAAGCUGAAAUCCGCUUAUGUGACUAAAGAGCGAGCUGCGCAGAUUGCUGAGAAAGAAGCUGUCCAGCGUGAGGAAAUGAAACGUGAGGCUGAAAUAGCCCAACAGAUGAAGGAAGAGUAUGAAAGGGUAAUAAAAGAAGAAAGUUCUGCAGAACUGAGGCGGAACAAGGAGAAAAUAAUGUAUCAGCAAGAACUGGAGAAACAGCUUGAGGAACGAGAGAGGAAGAAGAAGGAUGCUUACGCAGAGUUUCUGAGAGAGAAAGUCAUGAUUGAUGAAAUUGUAAGAAAGAUCUAUGAGGAGGACCAAAUGGAAAAACAACUGAAGUUAGAUAAAAUGAGAGCAACUCAGACGUAUAUUGAAGAAUUUAAGAAAGAACAAGCUAUCUGGAAGAGAGAGAAACAGGAAGAGAUGGAAGAAGAAAACAGGAAAAUUAUGGAGUUUGCCAACAUUCAGCAACAAAGAGAAGAAGACUGGAUGGCUAAAGUUCAAGAUGCUGAGGAGAAAAAACAAAGACUUCAAAGCAUGAUUGUCCAAAAUCUGGAAAGAGAACAACAGAAGUGUGAAGAACUGGAACAAAUCCGCCAAGAGCUGUAUCUGGAGGAACACGCGGAGACGGAAAGGAAGAAGGAGAUGGCAGAAAUUGAAAAGAGAAUAAGGCAGCGCCUAGACUUAAGGCAAACAUAUGAAGAGCAACUUGCUUUGAAGAAGGUGGUACGACAAGCUAUGCAAGAGGAGGAAGAAGCCUUCAGACAACAGAUGUUGGCCAAGUUUGCAGAGGAUGACCGCGUGGAACAGAUGAACGCUCAGAAGCGAAGAAUGAAACAGCUUGAGUACAGACGGGCUGUGGAUAAACUCCUUGAAGACCGUCGCAAACAGUUUAUUGCAGAUAAAGAGCGUGAACUUGAAGAAAGAUGGUUAGAGGAGAGAAGAGAAGAGAGCAUCCGUGCCAUUGUUGAAGAAGAGAGACAGAAACUCCUGAAAGAGCAUGCGUCGAGAUUAUUGGGUUAUCUUCCCCGAGGAGUACUCAAAGGCGAAGAUGACAUUAAGAUGCUCGGAGAGGAGUUUAGAUUGGCUUAUCAGAAGAGAGAAGGUAACGCAUUUUCUGGAGAGAGCUGA